AAUAAAAAUUUAAUAAAAUAAAAUAAUAGUAUAAUAAUAAUAAUAAAAAUUAAAUAAAAUAUUGUUAUAGAAUAUUAUUAAAAAGCAAAAAAAAAAGAUUUAUAUAUAUAUUGAUCAAUAAUUUAAAAAAUGAAUAGUAUUAAUAAAUUUGAGCAAAACAAAUAGAAAAUUUAAUGCUUCAUGAAAUAAAGAAUAAAUUUUUUAAUUAAAUUAUGUCAAUCAAUUAUCCAUAUCAAUAUCAGAUAUGUUUAGAUAUGGAGCAAAUUGGAGAGAGAUCAUGUGAAAAUCUUGAGGGAUUUAAACCGUUAACUAUUUUAAUGCAAAUCAUUGGAGUAACUCUGAUAAUUUUAGUUGUAAUUUGGUGUGGUAAUUAUAGAGGUGGUUUCGCUUGGAAUUCUAAUCCAGAAUUAGAAUUUAAUUGGCAUCCCCUUUUAAUGGUUGUAGGAUUUGUUUUUCUAUAUGCUAAUGGAAUGCUAAUAUAUAGAACACAAAGAAAUGCACGGAAACAAAAACUGAAAUUAAUUCAUGCUAGCAUAAUGUUAUUAACUAUUGCAUUAGUUGUAAUUUCACUUGUAGCUGUGUUUGAUAGCCACAAUUUAAAUCCAAAACCUAUUCCAAAUAUGUAUAGUCUUCAUAGUUGGAUUGGACUUACUAGUAUAAUUUUAUUUUGCUGCCAGUGGCUUGCUGGAUUUCUUUCUUUUUUAUAUCCAAAAUUACAAAUUUCAUUACGAGCUUCUUACAUGCCUAUUCAUGUAUAUUUUGGAAUCGCAGGAUUCAUUGGUGUAAUUACUUCUUGUCUUUUAGGACUUAAUGAAAAAGCAAUUUUUGCUUUAAAAGAAAACUAUUCCAAGCUUGUACAUGAAGCAAUAUUAAUUAAUGUAAUUGGAUUGUUAUUAAUUCUUUUUGGUGGAUUAUCAGUUUAUUUAGUAACACAAGAACGUUAUAAACGUUUUGCUAAAUUAGAAGAUGAGGCAUUAGUUAAUAGAACUCAAUAAGUGAUUAUAUUAUAUAAUAAAUUUGUUUUCUACUAAAUA